GCCGUUAUUAAAUUUAGUAUUGUUUUUUCCGAAAGGUUUACCCUCGGCGCGCCGCAGCUCCUCCGCCCUGGUCCUGGCCUAUAUAUUCCUCCCGUUCGUUCCGUUCGUUAAGCCCUUGCACAAGCGCGGGCGGCCCUCCGACCGGCCGAAACUCAAACUCCGGCGGAUUACGGGACUGGGAUCGGUCUGAGCUGCGCAGGUGGUUUCCGGCCGGUGACAGUAUGAACACUGUGUGCGAAGUCUGUGGAGAUAUUGGUUACAGACAACUUCUGCUGCGUUGCAGAGACUGCAAGCAUUAUGCUGUGCACCAAUACUGUCUGGACAAAGUUGUCUUCAAUGCGUCAUCAAUAGAAUGGUUCUGUUACGAAUGCCUACAUAGGCGUGGCGACGACGUUACUUGCGCCAGAUCUCCAGAGCAGGUCUCAAGUGAAGGGCCAUCAAGUCAUGCCCAUUGUGGUUCUCCAGAACAUCAGCUAACUACUACCAAGAGCGUGGAGUCAAUAAUAAGGGAUGUGGGGCCAUAUUGUUCACCCAAUAGUGAUGGCUGUGCCGACUCAUUUUCCAGCCCCCCUGGCGUAGAAAGCAUCCCAAGCGUUCGAGGAACAAGUGCAGAUCCCAUUGAUGUUUCAAGCACUUCUUCGUCUCGACAUGAUACCAGCAUAGAAGCGUCUGCAAGCAGUGAAAGGUCCACGGGGUGUCAGACGGCUAGCUCCUGUCGUCGUGUGAAAACUGUGGAGAUGGCUACGGUGUCCUCAUCGUCUGAUGAGGAGUCAGGAGAAGACAUUGUCUCUGAAAACGUCGUUUUGGGAUAUGUUUUGGCAUAUAGAUGCUAUCUAUCUAAAGCACAGAAGAAGAGAGUGAUGGGGCUUGUUCAGGAAAUUCAACCUCAAUUCACAGCCUUUGUAUCAAUAAUGCGGAGGGGCAAUGUGCAACCCCCGGGUCCUAACCUGGGAAUCACCAAGGAAUAUGCAACUGCACAUUUCCCAGAUAGAAGCACACACAUCACUCUUGGGACCCCUGGCAAGAGCAAGAAGUGGCAUCCCAGAUUCUACAGGAGAGAUGUAAGCAGAAACUACAUGGUUACGGGAGAGUGGUUAGACUUUGUCCGUGACAAUCAUGUCCAGGAGGGAGACAUCUGCCUGCUUUUACCAACAAGGGAUGAUGUGAUGAGACGCACGUUUACGGUCUACGUUCUGCACGAAACAUCUCAUUAUUCCGCAGGUGGGCCUGGCGCGUCUAGUGUUGCGAAGAUGGCUUCAGAAAUCCGUACUGAGGAAGAACCAGCUGCUGCUGCAGGAGAGAGUGUUUCCUCGGGAACUAGUGGUGCGCAAGAGUUUCCUCAUGGAUCUGCUGUGGAGAGCGGCGGAGACUCUGGUGACUCAUUCGAGCCUCCAUACUUCGUACCAUGCAAGAGUCCUCUAUCCGAAUCCCAGAAGAGGAUCGUCGAGGAGCGAGUGCGAGCUAUCCGAUCUGAAAUCCCUAUUUGCGUGGCAGUGAUGAAGAACAACAACGUUGGUUUCGCUCAACGUUGGAUGCUAGAAUUAGGUUCGCGAUACGGUUCGGUGUAUCUCCCAACCAAAGGGCAAACCAUAUUGCUCUGUUGCGCGGGGAAGACGUGGAAGGCCAAGAUGAUGUUUCAUAAUGGUCGGCGGUGGUUUCUCAAUGGAGGAUGGCCCAAUUUUGCUCGUGGCAAUGGCCUGCGCGUCGGUGACAUCUGCCUAUUCCAACUGGAGAAGAACGAGAGCACGCUUACCAUGGCUGUCCAUAUCAUUCGCAGGGAGCAGUUUUAGUUUGCCGUAUAUGAAAGUGUGUCGCCCGCCCCUGUUCUUUCGGGGCUUAUUGCGCUUGCGCUAUGUACUCCGUUUCAAAUAUGUUUUGACUUUUCAGGAUAUAUUGUUUUUUUUAUUAUGUAAACGUAAUAUAUAUUUAAAUGUAUCACAUAAGCUACUCUCUC